CUCUUUCUCUUCUUCGGCUUCGGCUUCUUCUUCCUUGACUAUUUCAUCCUUUCCUCUCUUCCCCACAACCACUCCUCAACCACAACAGCUUCAACUCCCACGCCAUCCUCUUCACCCUCUCCAUCCAUCCUAUGCACAGGCAAUGCCAUGUCCCGCCCCCAGGUCAGCAUCGACCGUCUCACUCCCCGUCGCGUCCAUGCCGAACCCCGUGAAUCCAUGAACUGCAAGUCCUGCAGAAAGCGAAAGAUCAAAUGUAAUCGUCUACGUCCCAGCUGCGAGGCCUGCAAGGUCUUCCAAUGUCCAUGCAUCUAUGACGCCGUUCCUAAAAAGCGGGGACCCAAAACCGAUGUCCUGGAGGCCUUGUUAAAACGUGUUGACGGGCUGGAAAAGCGCCUCCAGGAAGACUCGCCGAUUUCCCCGACCUCGGCUACCUCUCCCAUCAAAUCCUUGGACCAGCAACUGCUGCCGUCCGCCUCGACGCCCUUCCACUUUCCCCCGGCGCCUCAUGGCUUCCCCCCACCCCCGCAAUCGCAGCCGCAGCAACACCGGCUGCCCGAUGCCAUGCUGGACAACUACUUUGCUCGGCUGCAUGGGAAGCCGUAUUGGAUUCUGGAUGAAACGGCCACACGUCAACGGCAUCAGCAUGGACAAUUAACGGUGCAUCUGUCUAUGGCGAUUUAUGCCCUAACCCUAAGAUAUACUACGCCGAAUCCUCCGCAAGGCAGCCUGGAGUAUGCUCGGCAGGCAAGACGGCUGGUCGAUAUUGACAACCCGUCCAUCGAAGGGACCCAGUCUCUGCUAUUGCUCUGUCAUACCUUUUUCGCCUACGGGUGUGGCAAAACAGCCUACAUGGUAUUAGCCAAUGCGGUGUCCAUGACACUGGCGCUGGACUUGUAUCGCGAAGCACCCGCAGCGCUGCCCGCGGCAGAACGUGAGAUGCGACGGCGACUGUUCUGGACCGUCUACGCGAUGGAUCGCUUCCUCACCUGUGGCUCCAAGCGACCGUGUCUUAUUGCCGACCAUUCCAUCGUCCUGCGUCUUCCGGGCAGCGGGUCUGAAACGGGCGAAUGGUUUAACCCGGUUGGCCCUAAUAUUCAUUACUCCCCGGACCGUCGCAAAGGCCCUGGUGGCCCGGCUCUUUUAGUCGACAUUACGCGCAUUUUGGGAGUCACGCAUCGCUACCUCGCCGCGGGAGGCGUCAAAGGCGAUUCGCAUUUUCCCUGGCACGCCCUCUCCAAUCUAUCCAAGAUCCGCCAGGAACUCGACCUCUGGGCGGCCGGCACACAAGAUCUGUUCGCAUCGAUCGAAACGCUGUUCGGUCAUCCGGAGAGCACGCUGCUGCUUUUGAGCAAGCUCAUUUACCACCUCGUGCACUGUCUACUCUAUCGGCCCUUCCUUCCCAUCGACCUGGUCGAGCUGCGCGGUACCGGACAGCAUCAGUCGUGGCAGAUCGAGGCGACAACGCUCUGUUUCUCGCAUGCCAAUGCCAUCGCCGAGCUGGUGGAGCUAGCCCGACAUGCGCCACGCAUCGAGUGGCCCGCCCUGGUGGCAUACUGCGUGUGCACGGCUGGCACCGUACACGUACACGGAGUUCACUACCACGGGCGCGAGGGAGAAGUGUUUGCGUCGAGCGCAGACUUUCUCGCGCGCGAGAUGCACCAGCUGUCGUGGCUACGGCAGUACUGGGCGGGGGUGCAGCACCAGCGGGAGAUGCUGCAAAGUAUUUCAGGAUGCCAUGCCGAGCUGGUGCGGACAAUGGCAGCGCGACCGGUGCGAUUUGCCCCGGUGUUCCAUCUCGAGGACUUCCUGGACCGGUAUCCGGGGCUAGCCGUGGAUGGGGCGCAUUUGCGAUUAGUGGACGGGGACGAAUCACCACUGGACCGACCCGAUUUCAACAGACUUAUGUACCCGCCUGCAUCGACUCUACCUUCCCAAGGCCGAGGAUCCAUCAGCUUCCAACCAUCGCCAACAUGGCCACAACCCGAGCUCGCCCUGCCAGAGAGCAGUCUAGGCUUCUCACCAGGAGUGAGCAACUCCCCUGCACCAUUCCUCUCCGACCCAUUCACUGCACCGACGCCGCCCGCACAGCCCCAAUACGCGACGUUUCCGUUUGAAGCCACGCCGGGCGGACCGGCACUGACGCCGGACGCCCCGUCACAGGGCAGCUCCAGCGCCACUGCAACAGGGGCAGCAGGAGCUGCAACAGGCACAGGCGAAGGCGAAAAAGACCCGUUUCUGAGUCUGCUGGAACAGCUAGCAGAGAACGAACAUUCGCAAGGCGGACCCAGCGAGCUGGACUUUUUCCUCGGAGAGGGGCUAGACAUGGUGAUGCCUGAGGUGGAGGUGGAGAAUCCACACAUAAUAAUUCACCAUGUCCUCCCCACUACCAUAAAGUACAUGGUAGAGAGAGAGAGAGAGAGAGGAAGAGGGAACGGGAUGGACCAUAAAAUCGACACCCUCGCCACCCUCCACAACUGGACCCAAGGCACUCCAUCCCUGUAUCCUUUCACGGGCAUUAUCCAACUGUACCUGGCGGAGGAGAUCUCGGUAGUGACGGCUGUAGGAGAGACCAAUGAAUGCGUCCACGACCUAUGGGCCAGUAUUCUACACGCAGGGAGGUGUCUACCCUGCACAAACAUCAUGGUGUCAUCAGCUACUACUGCUGAUAGAAGUAUCACGUCCAACGGUAAUGGUCAUGGUGGUAAGCCGGGAGAAAAGAUGAUAAAGAAAGAAACUAUCGACACAGACAUCUCCCAUCACCAAACACCCACCCCUUCACAGAAGAAAUUGAUUGACUUGUUGCACGCGAUCAAGAAUAUGCCGGAUGUGCAUGUGCAUGUUCGUGCGAGGACACAGUCGAGGUAUUCUUAUUCUGCUGCUUCGCAGGUGGGUGGUGGGAGGGAGAGGGAGAGGUAUAGUUCUUAUGGUGGUGGUGGUGGUGGUGUCAAUGGGGAUAUUACUGAGAAGAAUGGGAAUGGGAAUGGGAAUGAAGAGCAUGGGGGAGGGGAAGAUGAAGGAGAAAGUACAGAAGAAGAAGAACUGUACCACCCAUCCCUAGGUGUAUAUCUCGAUGGGACGGUGAGCGGGUCGCAUUAUAUUCGCCAUUUACAUGAUUCUGUGGCUACACCUGUUCCUCCGCCACCUCCUAUACCAUCAGAACCAGGAAAGAACACCAAUACCAACACACCCCAACCUCAGAAUCAAAAUCAACCUCAAACUCAACCCCCAGAAAAUUCAAGACCCAAACCCCCCAAACCCCCCUCCUCAGCAUCCGAAUCAACAAUCCGACCCACAAAAACCAAAAGUCUAGUAUGGGCCUACCUACCACAUUUCCGAGACGUGGUAGGAUCAAUAUUUCAUGAUUUUGGAGAUGUGCUUGGGAUGCAUCUGCACCCUUUUCCACAUACACAUACACAUAAAGAACACCAAAAAUGGCACCCCAAAGAUCAAGUCAUCCUCCACCAAGCAUGGCUCAACUUCAUCACCUUCCUCGCAUUCCUCGCUAGAGAAGGGGUGUUACAUUCCCCCAGUGAUUCGGAUAAUUAUGAGUAUGGGUUUGAUGAAUAUGAUUGGGGAUAUGACCAUAACAAUAAUCUUAAUGGGAAUGGGUAUGGGGAGGAGGAUGAAAGCGACGGAGUCGGAUCAUGGAUCGAUGAUCUUGCGAUUUCGUGUCUUCGGAAACUUGAGAACCUUCCACAUCAACCUCAGAAUCAUCACCAUGAUAAGAAUGAUAAGAAUAAUCAUCUGCAAAACAACACCCAAAUCCUCACAGCAACGACCUUCGCCCUUCUCUACGGUGAACAUCUCUGGCGGAGACGUGGGAUUCGCACUCCUUCCCAUCCCUAUCCUCCUUCCCCCCCCUACAAAGAAAAGCCUAAAGAAGAGAAGGAUACGGAGAAAGAGAAGGAGAAAGACAAAGAAAAGGAUGAUUACAUAGUAGCAGGUCUCACCCUCGAUGAAUUCGAAUCGGGUUCUGUAUCUGCUUCUACGUCUACCUCUGCGGCUAAUUCUCCGCCUUUGGCUGUAUCACCACCACCAAAUGAUGGAGAUGAAGGUGGUGGGGAUAUGGGAAGAUUCAUUACCAGGAAGACCUGGGAAGAAUGGAUUCGGAGGUUUAAUGAACUUGCUGGGGAUGUUGGCCCCGGGAUCGGGAUCGGAAUGGGGUUGUGGGAUGGGACGAGGGAGGGGGCGUGUGGUGGUGAUGGUGAUGGGUAG